ACUUCGAAUUUUUAAUAACUGUAGUUAAAAGCGGCAACAUUGAGAAAUUAGUGGCAAGCGGAACGUUUGAUUGAAAAAUUAGAAGAUUAUUAUUAUUUGUUGUAAAAUCAGAGAAAAUGGCAGAUCCAUUUCAAAAAGAGAUAUAUGAUGUAGAAAUAUUAACAAAAAUGAAUGUUGUGAAAUUAACACAGAUUUGGAAUAAAAUGUUUCCAAUCGAAAUGUGCAAAGACAAUUUGUGUAAGUUGGCACGACAUAUACAAAUAUUUUUUGAUGAUUUAGUUACCGAGUCUGAAGAGAAAAAAGCAAACGUGGAAAAGGAAAUAAAUGAUUUGAAAUGCGAGGCGGAAAAUUUGCGGCGUUUAUUAAAAACUGAAGUGGAAUUACCAUGCGUUGGGCCUGAGGCGCCUUUAAUAAUGUGGCAAUCGGAGUUGGAUAAAAGUUUGCGUGAUUUACGUGAAUGUUUGCGUCAAAGACGCGAGGAAAUUUGUGAGUUGUUACUGCAACAGGAAGCGUUUUGCGAGGAGCUUGGACUAGAACCACGUCCACUUUUAGAAGACCCUUUGCCUUCGGAAGAUGAAAUUGUUGGUUUCCGUAGUCACUUAAAGGAACUUCAAAGUGUACGUUUAAGCCGCUUAAAUGAUUUAUCCAUUUUACGUAGAGAAAUUAAGAAUUAUUUGCAAAUACUAGAGUUGAAAGUAAACACCGAUGCUGAAGAUAGACUUUUAAAUGAUCGUCAGAUAAAACUCAAUGAGGACACAUUCAAUGGAUUAAGGCGCAUGCAACAACGCUUUGGCGCACAGGUAGAAGAGGUACGUGAGCGCAUAGAUAGCAUGCGCGAGAAAUUAGAAAAACUGUGGGAUCGUUUAAACACUACGAAAAACACACGAAAUAAAUUUGCACACUUAAAUGAUUACACGCAAAAAACAUUUGAUAUAUAUUACAAUGAAGUUCAAAGAUGUGAAGCAUUGAAAAGUCAAAACAUUAAAUUAUAUGUACACCAAUUACGUGAUCAAAUAACGCAAUGGUGGGACAAAACGCUUAAGUCGAAAGUAGAACAGAACCGCUUUUCGAAUUUUCAUAGCAACUGUUACACAGACGAUUUACUGGUUUUGCAUGAAAUGGAGCUGGAUGAUUUGCAAUCUUACUACGAAACAAAUCAAGAGAUUUUCGAACUAUUUGAAAAUCGAAAGAUACUUUGGGAACGUAUGACGGCAUUGGAAAAUAAAGCUACAGAACCAGGACGUUAUAAUAAUCGUGGUGGACAGUUAUUAAAGGAAGAAAAGGAACGAAAAACGAUUGCAACAAAAUUACCAAAAAUUGAGCAAAAAAUCACUGAAUUAGUGAAAGAAUAUGAAGUUCGAGAACAUAGGCCUUUCUUGGUUUAUGGUGAAAAUAUCAUAGACGUUAUGUCCAAUGAAUGGGAGAAAAAGCGUCAGGACAAGGAACAGCGCACAAGUGCACGCAAAAAUGCUCAAACAACGCUAUCAGUAACACGUACUCCAAUGUCUAUUAAAAACAGCUCAGUAGCUUCAAUUAAAAAAACUCCUUCCGUAACAAAUCUGACGGGAACAAAAGUCGCUUCAUCGCUUAAACGUAAAAUGGCCAACACAGAAAAAGUUAUACCAACAGCAAAACGAAGCUUAAUGCAGGCUAUGAACAGUCCAAGUGUCUUCUUAAAACCAGGUACAUCAAAUGGUAUAUCCGCAAAAAAACAGGCAUUUAAGUCACCAAUGAAAAAACUUCGUGUACUUAGUUCGACUAUAAAUCGAAAUCCAAAUCGUAAUAGCGGCUCCAAUAAAAAGCGUCGCUCUGUGAAAAAGUGUACAAAAACAUCAGGAACGCCUAACAAACCACAAAUUAUAGUCACCGAACAUGUGGAUGAACAGUCAGAUGAUUUUUAUAAAUACUUUGAGAACAAUAUUGAACCCGCUCAUCGCUCCUCUGUAAUUCAUUCGAAGUCAGGUCCAGUCAUUUCAGAGCGUAGCAAAGAUAUACGCCAUCAACAACCAACAGAAGCAGCAAGACUUAUAACUUUGCCGAAACCCCGCAAUUUACGUACUCCGUCCAAGCCUAACGUUAAGGAUAUUUCUUCAUUGUCGCAUCGUUCAUCGCCACAUUCGCCAGCAAAUAUUAUGAGUUCGAGAAAACUUACAACAAAAAAUCUGCCUAUUAUUAUAUAAUUUUUAAAUUUACUAACAGAUUGUUGAAUUUAAAAUUUUUAUUUAAAAUAACUUUUUUAGACAUAUAAUGUCAGCAUAAGCCAUAAUAAUUUGUUUAUGUUAUUACACAUUUUUUUCUUGCAAAAUUGACUAUUAAAAAAAUGUUAUUACAAUG